AGUUUUUUUUAUUAUAUUGCAAACAUAGCAUUGCACAGGUGUAUCGAACCAGAGAAUGAGAUUUCUGGGGGAAAUGUGAGGGGGAGGGAAUUGGAAGUCUUGGGAUGUUAAUGGUUUGAAUCCACUGAGAAAUUUGAAUGUAUUAAGAAUUCUCACGUUCAGAGGGAAUUUGUGUCACGGAAAAGUGUAAAUUCUUGUGUGGGAAAUGACACAAUGCCUGACUGCCCUUUCAUUUAGGGUUUGUUUGGGCUGUAAAACUACGACAUUGCGGGAAAACGUCUUUUUUUGUAACGUGGAAACAAGAUAGUUUGAACAUCCUGAGCUGAAUGUUUUGACGUUGAAGUGGUUUGAAUCGGUUGAGAAAUGUAGACGAAGUAAGAAUUUCAAGAUCAAAGGGAAUUUGUGUUUUGGAAAAUGUGGGACGAUGGGAAAAGUGGGGAUUUCUUUGAAUACUUAUUGAACAUACUUUAAAUGAUAAAAUGUAUAUUUACUCACCACUUAUGAAUUAGCAUUAAAGAUCGAUAAAGCAGAUGGAAUCCUAAUCACAGUUUAGCCUCGAGUCGGAUCUCCCCCUCAAGUGGCACUCCACAGGUCACUGGGUCAGGUGUUCCUCCAAUGCCGCGUAUGCAUAAUCCUUACUGCUUGCACGAAUGGGCGGUAUCCCCACAUAAUAAAUUCACAAACAUACUGAAUGUCCACUGUAGUAAUAAUUUGGGUGCACAAUGUCCUUAAGCAUUCACACAAUUAACAUUGCAUGAACUGCUGAGCUAACACAACUGCUGUUUUUAACCCACAGGUGAUGUUGAGGGCUGCUUUCAGGUGCCUUUGUUCCGCUCCUGUCUCAGGGCAAAGAAGUAUGUCUCAGAGCAGCUUAACUGGAAAAGUAGCCAUAGUGACAGCUUCUACAGCUGGUAUCGGCCUGGCUGCAGCUCAGGCCCUGGGAAAGAGAGGGGCUCAUGUAGUGGUGAGCAGCCGGCGGCAGGCUGGUGUGGACAAGGCUGUGGCCCUGCUACAGAGCCAGGACAUCCAGGUCACUGGGACCACCUGUAACGUUGGGAAGAAGGAAGAUAGGGAAAGACUGCUUCAAAUGACUCUGGAUCAGUGUGGUGGUGUCGAUAUCCUGGUAUCCAAUGCAGCAGUUAACCCCUUCUUUGGAAACCUUAUGGACACCACAGAGGACGUUUGGGAAAAGAUUAUGUCCAUAAAUGUAAAAGCUGCCUUCCUCAUGACCAAGUUGGUGGUGCCUCAUAUAGAAAAGAGGGGAGGGGGGAAUGUUGUGUUUGUGUCAUCAGUGGCAGCCUACCAACCAUUGCAGGGCUUGGGCGCUUACAGUGUGAGUAAGACUGCCUUGGUCGGUCUGACUCGGGCGCUGGCCCCCGAGCUGGCUCAGAGUAACAUAAGGGUGAACUGCGUGGCCCCCGGAAUCAUCAAAACUAGCUUCAGCUCCGCGUUAUGGCAAAAUGAUGACAUCAUGGAUGACUUCAAAAAGCAGCUGUGCAUUAAAAGAGUUGGUCAACCCGAGGAAAUAGGGGGAGUGGUCGCCUUCUUGUGCACAGAGGACGCCUCCUACAUAACUGGAGAGACCAUCACUGUGACGGGAGGGAUCGGCUGUCGGCUGUGAUCCUUUGGCAGAUGCUGAUUAUUAUCCAUCCUUGGUGAUUUUAAUGGUGUAUCUUCUGUUAUUGUGAUCAGGGAUUUUUUAUCCCCCAUUACUAUCAACCUGACUUGAAAUUUCUCUACAACAUGCGGUAUCGUUAGGAUGCUCAUCCCAAUCAACAAGCAACAGUGCACACCUUUCGGGGACUGACAAGUACAUUUGUAAAAUUUAAGCAAGAUUGUCUUUUAAGCAAGACAAUCAAGCAAAAUGUCCUUCGCAAGUAACUGCCAUUAGUCAUUGGCCAUUUGUAUUGAUCAUAAAACUUUAAGGAUAUCUGUAUUACAUGUAUGCUAGCAUGUCUUCCAAACCUUUUUAGACCACAACUACCCUAUACAGUCAUCCAUCCAUUUUCUUUGCCGCUAUGCUGGAGCCUAUCCCAGCUGACUUCAGGCGAGAGGCAGGGUACACCCUAGACUGGUCGCCAGCCAAUCGUAGGCCACAUAUAGACAAACAACCAUUCACACUCACAUUCAUAUCUAUGGACAAUUUAGAGUCGCCAGUUAACCUAACAUGCAUGUUUUUGGAAUGUGGGAGAAAACCCACGCACGGACGGGGAGAAUAUGCAAACUCCACAUAGAGAUGCCCAAUGGAGAUUCGAAACCAGGGAUUUCCGAUCUCCUGACUGUGUGACCAACAUGCUAAAACUCAGCCACCGUGCAUCCCCCGUUACAGUCAUGAGACUUGAGUGCAAAAUUACAGCAUUCUGACAUUACAUAUAUGUUUCAAUUUUCUCAUCCAGCAAGAUCAUAUACUAGAAUGAUAAACAUGCUUUAUUCACAAGCACAAAUCUUAAAAUGUGUACUUUACAAUAAAAACAGUAAAUUACAGUAAAAAAAAGUUGUUUUGUGAAAAAGUGUAGUGCUUUGUCAUGCUAUGCCAGGGGUCGGGAACCUUUUUGGGUAAGAAAGCCACAUGCUUUUUAAAAUGUAUUUCUGUUUUUUUUUUUUUUUUUUUUUUUUUUAAAUA